AUGGAGCGUUUCUCGAAUGAUCCAAAAGAAAACGUUCUGAGUAAGUUUAAGAGUCAACCAAAAGAUCAGCCAACAGUCCAGAUCAUUCCAUGUGUCACCAUCUUGCAAACCGUUCCACCAAUGUUCGAGUCCCACAUGGAUGAAGGUGUAUAUUUGCUUAUGGCCUUGAGGCACGCUUCUCAGGCACUGGGACCCACCCAGAUUUAUGCAUCCCUUGCAUCCAAGAAGACUAUAGCUGUUGAGAAAUUAAAAGCUGGCCAAGUUUAUCUUUCGACCUGCCCAUUCAAGAAGAUAUCAAGUUUCUUUGCAAAUAAGAUGAUUGAGGAAGCAGCAUCAAAAGCAACAACUCUGGGUGUCGAUUGGCAAAAUACUGUGAACGGUUUGGUGUACCUUUGA